GUCGUUCGCGUAUUUCUUAUACGAAAAGCUGCUGACGCCGAGCCGAACCAAUGUUAUUCGAACAGACAUUACGUACGAUGCGUCCUAACCCGAAAAUAUUUACCUCGCCACGAAAUCGACACGUAUCGCUACGCGAUAUUCUCAUUUUUAAUUGAAUCAGGCAUAGCACGUUUGUUUAUUUUUCAGUUCCCGGUCGGUAGAAUUCAUAGGCAUUUGAAAAACAGAACUACGAGUCAUGGUCGAGUUGGUGCCACAGCAGCGGUGUACAGUGCAGCUAUCUUGGAAUACCUUACUGCCGAGGUACUUGAAUUGGCAGGGAAUGCAUCGAAAGAUUUAAAGGUCAAACGUAUUACACCAAGACAUCUUCAGCUCGCUAUUCGUGGAGAUGAAGAAUUAGAUAGUCUCAUUAAAGCAACUAUUGCUGGAGGAGGUGUUAUUCCACAUAUCCAUAAGUCAUUGAUUGGCAAGAAAGGUUCACAAAAACCAGCAUAAUUUAGUGUCACAUUUAAGAACAUUUGAAGCUACGUAGAUGAGACAGAUGCGAGGCAGAGUGAUUGUUGACAAAGUGUACCUACGUUACUAAAUUGAUGGCGAGACUGGGGAGUGAUAUAUAU